AAUCACUCGAGAUUUAGCAGGUGCGUGUUUAAUGGGAGCAACUGCGAAUGGCAAGCGAACUGAGUUUUUAUCAGUUGCCAGGGUCAAGCUGUCAUCAAGAACUUUUGUGAAGGAAUUUAAUUAAUUGCAACAGAAAAGAGACUGCGUACUUAAAUAAAUGUGUCGUCAGUUUGGAUUUAUUGAUCUUGAGUUAUGGGAAAUCAAUUAACCAGAUUUGAACAAAAAAAAAAUCGGUGAAAGAGAAUGUAUGACAGUUUUAUUGAUUAAAGUUUGGGCCGUUAAAUGCAUUAAGCAUGUUUGGUAAUCCAGAGAUUCCUAAGUGUAUUUGAGAUUUAAUAUACCUGAGACAAAAACAGGGGUAAAAAAAUUGAAUGAAUUAAGUAGGGAUAAAGACCUAGCUCUACUUGGCUGUGAAAAUAAUUAAAUAUUCAAAGAGCUGAUUGUACGAAGACUCGAUAAAGAUGUAUACGGACAAUAAUAUUGUGAUGAUGAGGAAUUUGCAUCCAACAUCGGCCCUUCCAGUUACCAGAAAUAUGCCGUAUUACUCAGCAAGUGUUCCCAGUAGAAACCAGCCACGAAACAUGACUGGAAUAUAUCUUGGACUGGAGGGGAAUGUGAACCCACCAGCCAACAGAGAAACAAAGAUUACUCGUGCACGUACUGGAGUGUCACAGAAAAUACGAACCCCAGCGGAGGACAGAAGAUAUAAAAUGGUGGAACUGCUUAGAAUAAAAGAAGAAACCAAAGGAUUUAGGGGGAAACUAUUGAAGAAACAUCAACCUGUAUCAACAGAUAUAUAUGGAGAGGAGAGUUCUACACCUAGAUGUUCACAUCCAAAACAGUUAAAACAUAGGAAAUGGGGCCCAGCAAAGUCGGCCGAUCCUAAACAUUUUGAUGAUGUCAUCAAACGAAAUCCUAGGAAUUAUACUGGUAUAAUAAAUAAUGGUGUGACAAGAUCGGAGAAUUUAACAGGAGUGAUGAGUUUUGCGGACCAUUUCGGCUGGGAUAUUUCGAACAUGCCGCUGUCUGACGCUCUCGUGGAGGAGGUACAGAGAAUGGCCAAUGAACGCAAUGAUCUUGGCGGGAUAGAAGAAUGUUUCAAAAAAGUUUGUAAGGGUAAUGUAGAGUCUUUGCACAGUUUAUUGCCAUUAAGAAAGCCAGUAACAAGACCCAGCAGUUAUACACCCGGAACAUUCACACCCGGAAAUUACAGCACUGGCUUCACAGUCAGGAGCUACAGAAAUCCAAAUAAGGCUGAGAUUUUAGCAGAUUUUGACUUGCAUUCAGAACAUACCAGACCAAAGACCGUUCCCGCCACUUCAAUACAUAAUCAAAGACAGCCUCUUGUACCAGCACCAUAUUUCUUUAAGCAUUUCAAUAGAGCGGGCACUGCCAGUAGUACAAAGAAAAGGAACUCUCCUAAUUCACAGUUUGAAGUGGAGCAUAACAAUGUUUUAAAUGGGGAUAAAAUUUUCGGAGGUCCUGGAAGUGGGGCAGUGUCACGCUCAGUAAACCAGGGUCGUAAGUCAGCAUGGAGCGAAGGCGAGGGGUCAAGGAUACGAAGGGGUACCCCAAGAAACGAUUCACCUAUCAAAGAUAUAGAUCGAUCCCGUCAUGACAACUCAUUGCAAAGCACUGGUCCAUUAGAAAUACGCGCUGAAGGUUUCCAGUUGAAUUCAGAAGAUAAGGCACCACUGAGCGAUAGAACUGGAGCAGGUGACGGUAACCUCACCAAUCGGUCCGAGACGAGUGUGAAACAUUCGGAUAGAAAACCUGUUGAUAAAUCAGGAAGUAACAAAAACCUUGAGGUCGUAGGUCAAAGUAACUUCGGAAUGGAAGGUCAGUCUGAUAAUGGGGAUAAAACUAUACGGCUUGACCUGGAAACAGAAGACGGCAGAAAACAAGAAAUUUUCUUAGAUGACAAAGAAUUGAUACCAUCAAGAGAGAAGGAGCGGAGAGCGUCCGAGGCACGUGUAGCCUCAAUGCAGGAAGACGCUAAACAAAGAAAGAAAGACUUGGAGCAGAUCCUUAACGAACAUGAAGAAAUUGUGAAGACCAUAGUACGUCAAGCUAGCCAUGACUCGAGUAACGAAACAUUCCAGUCAGAUCAACGAGAUCAAUGAUUGGUUGCAGCCUCCCCUUCGCCCUGGACAUGCUCUGCCCCUCCAUUUUUUUCUGGCUCAUCUGGGAUCCCUUCAGCAAGCUCAUUCCUUCUUUAGAACUUUUACUCACAUAUAUAGAGAUAAUUAUGGCAAAAUUUGUACAUGUAUAUUAGUUUCAUAUUGACAUUGACCUUCAUAAUGAGAUGAUAUUGGCAAAAAUGUUGUAAUAUUUUGCAUUUAUUGUGUAACAGGUGUAUAUGAAUUCCCUGUUGUAUUUAUGUGAAUGGAUAUUUUAUGGGGGGAAAAAACGCUAGUAUUUGAGUAUUUUAUUGUUGUUACAAGGAGAUUGAUGUGGUACACUGUUUGCGAGUGUUCUCAUUGUAAAUGUCAUUAUACAUCAUUGAAGUUAUGUCUGAAUUGGUCAUGUUUUCAUAUAUUAUAUAUUGCAUUUUUAGCUCGACUUUUCUAUGAAAAGGGGAGCUAUCCUACUCGCCCCGGCGUCGGCGUUAGCGUCGGCGUUGGCGUCACACCUUGGUUAAGUUUUUCGUACCACCCCACUUUAUUUCAGAAGUAUUACAAGUAUGGCUUUGAAACUUACCAUACUUGUUCACCAUCAUAACCUCCAUCUACAGACAAGAGUACAUAACUCUGUCAAGGUUUUUUGACAGAAUUAUGGCCCUUUUUUGACUUAGAAAGUGUAUUGAGCUUGGUUAAGUUUUUUGUACCACCUCACUUUAUUUCAAAACCAUUGGAGGUAUUGCUUUGAAACUGACCAUACUUGUUUACCAUCACGACCUUCAUCAACAGACAAGAGGACAUAACUCUGUCAAGGUUUUUGACAGAAUUAUGCCCCUUUUUGACUUAGAAAAUACAUUGAAUAUGGGUAAAAUCCACUUAUUGCCUUAACCCUUUGAGAUAUUGCUUUGAAAAUUUUAAUGCUAUUUCACAUCAUUACCCCCAUCUGUACGCAAGAGAAGGUAACUCUGUCAAGGAUUUGUUUUAAAAAUUAAGGCCUUUUAUCGACUUAGAAUCUUGGUUAAGUUUUUAGUACCAGUCCACUUUUUGACUGAACUGUUUGAGAUAUUAAUUUGAAAGUUGGAAUACUUGUUUACAAUCAUGAUUCCCAAACAUGUCCAGGAGAAGGUAAUUCUGUCAAAGAUUUUAUUUGAAUUAUGGCCCUUAACUGUCAAUGUUUUGUAUUAUAGGCAAGCACUAAAAAACUUAAAAAAUCUAAAAAAAUUCAUUCCUAUCCACUUGUUCACUUUACCAUAAAUUAUGUCAUAUAAACAUUGCUGUAAUAUUCAAGGGUAUCAAACAACUAGUUCACUUUAAAAAUACAGAGAUUCUUGUAUUGCCUUUUACUGCAAAAACUUUUUUUAUUGGCAAGCAAUAAAAAAGUCGAGCGCGCUGUCUUACGGACAGCUCUUGUUUUAGG